AUGUCUUUUACAAAGGAAAAUUACGGACCAACCAUAAAUAACGAAUCAGAAAAUAUUUCGCAUUCGUUACCAAAUCUUCAAAAUUCAAUUAUUCAAUUGCAAGGAGGAUCCAAUUUAAUGAUAAAAAAAAUUCCAGCUAUUAUUAAACGAUCCAAUAUGAAGCGCUCAACUGGUACAACUAUAAAACCGCCAAUAAAAUCAAAGAAAUAUUCAUUGGAAACAAUGCCUUCAACUGGGACACCCGUGACCAGUUUCCAAUGGCAACAAACUGAUAGUAGCGGCUAUGGUAUUUCCGCGACUCCCAUAAGUUUGGCUUCCCCAAUGAACAAUGAGCAAUACGGAUCCACUAUGAACGCUUUAACCCCGUAUACCGUAAUAAAAACAGAGGGCACGGUAUUACCUUUCGGGAACAAUUACAUACCGAACAAUGCACUCAAUAAUCAGCAGUCUUCGUUGAACGUGGCAUCACAACCGUACAGGGGUUCAACUAUUUAUAUAAGAGGUAAUGCAUCCGAGCGUACUAUUCGCACGGUCACUUUGGAAUUGAUUGAAAAAAAUUCCUAUGUUCACUUGGGCAUUCAUGCUAAUCGCCUACCAAUACUUAAAAAUGUCGUUUGCAGGACGGCAAAUGUCAGUUUGAUGGAUUGCUAUAUAACAUUAAAAAAAUUGCGUUUAAAUGAAGAUUUCUCUUUAUUGUCCCAAUAUUUUGAAAUUUCGGAAGCAGAGAUCCAACAGAUUUUUGUUCGUAGCGUUGUAAAAUUAUCAAAAUAUUUACGCUUGCUUAUACGCUGGCCGGACAGUAAGAAAGGUAAUAAUCGUUAUAAAGAUUUACCGCUUGCUUAUCGUCAGAAUCUUUCGCAUGUCCGUUCUUUGGUUGAAUGCGUAGAAACCGAAAUAGCGCCUUCAUCUUUACAAAUCGAUUGCCAUGUUUAUAAAUACAUAUUAAGCAUUAACACGAACGGCAUUAUUUCAUACAUUUCAGAGGCCUAUGUUGGCUAUCACGAUGAUUUAACCAUAUUUCAGGCUUCAAAUUUUAAAAAUAUAAUACCAGAAUAUUUAUCAUUGGUUGCUGAUCCCGGUAAAGCUAUACGGCGUAAACGUAAACCGGAAAUUUCUCGCUCGAAGCCCUCGGCUAAUAAUAAUGUUGCUGGUGAAACGGAUUCAACCACUGAUUCGGCCGAUGAAUCGAGCAACGGUAUAAUGCAGUCGGAUGAAAACGAUGGAGAACGUCCGGUCACAUCAAAAUAUAGGGCCUCUCGAAUGGCAGGCGAGUUGGCCUCGCAACAAAGUCUCAGCGUUGUCAACGAUGAGUUGAUUUCGAAACGUGUGAAAAACUUUAGCAUUCCUACGAUGCGCGUACGCGAACCGAUAUGCCGUUUACAAAUACGUCAGAUGGUCGAUUGUCUCCGCGAAUUCAAAGUGCUUCAGCCUUUGGCCAUACGCGAGCCGCUUUUAUAUCAAUCUCUCAAUGAGAUAUUGAUUGUUUGUGCUGCUCUCACCAAUCUACAAAAGUAG